CAUUUUUCAGUACCUGGAGGCAUACAUGAGGAAUAUUAGGAACCUCUACAAUAACUCCUCAGCAGUAUAAGAAUUAAAUUUUGCUGAAGCUGUGAUGGCGAUUCAGAAUUCACUGAUUAUUUUUGCCAAGAAUGUCGACUCAAUUUGGGCAAGAACUAUGAGCACACGGCUUUCUGCUAACAUAAACCGGAAAAACAAUAAUGAUGAUGAAGACGAUGAGGAUUGUGAUAUUGGAACUGGUGAAGAAGGUGCUGACAAGCAAAAGGAAAAGGCCAAGAAGAAGAAAAAGAGAACUUUUAAUGUUGAAGAAUUUAAACUCCUUCCUUUUCUCAAUACUGAUAAAAAUAUUGAUAUGAAACUAGACAAGAAAGAGGAUAAACUAGCAAAGCAAUCAGCUAAACUUGUCCUCCCCACCUCCUUGAACACUAAAAGUGGUUAAUAAAUCGAGAGAUAUUUUCACUUCUGAAGGAGAAGCAGUCUGGAAAAUGGAUGAAUUCAGAUUAUUUUGACCCAUUACGGAAAGUGGUUACCUUCAAGAAGAUUAUGAACCUGAAGAUCGGUGUGUGUUUCCUGAAAGAAUCAUCAAACAAAGUUUUACAGUAAUUCGCCAUAUUGGAAAUGCGAAUACAGCGAUGGAUGGUGAAACCUUACUUUGAACAAAAUAGUGCGGCCUGUCAAAAUUUGAUGGUAGAUGGUGACCAUCAGUCAUCAGCAUGUCUACUUUGAUCGGAAUUGGUUCCGAAUUUGAUCGUGUUUCCAGAGCUUCUAAUUAGUUUUAUGUUUUUUAAUCCAUUUUGGUUGAUUACAAAUGAUGCUUUUGUCGGAGUUUUUAUUAUUUUUCUUACUGACUUUUUCAAUACUGUACUUACAUUAAGUUUUUUUAAGAGAGAAGGAAGAGUUGCACGGUUUUUAAAACACUGUAACAGCGCUUGUUCUUUUUUGCCCGUAGCAAGUCGUAUUAUAAAACUGUUAGCGCUUUUUUGAUAGAUACCUUUUGAUCUUUUCUUACCUGUAAUGUUUUAUUUUGUCACCUUCCGGCGAAAGUAUCACAAGCGCCAUCCAAC